AUUUUAUGAGUUUAAUGAAACCAAUUCGCUCAUGAUCAGAAUUCAAUACUCACUAGAAUGACGGAAGAAAACGCAUUGAAGAAAAAAUAUUUGGUUUUGUUGACGUCGCAAAUAAUCUGUACGUUUGUUUACUAUGAACUGUCAAAAAUUGUGAGAGCUGUCAAUUAUCAGAGAGCGCCAGCGCCGACGAAGGCGGCGAGCCAAGAGCGAUUUCAGCGAGAGAUUCAAAAACGUUCGAUAACCGCGAUAACCGUGAAGUUAGUCCAAGUCCAACCCAAAAAAAAGAAAACCGAGAAUACCCUACAGGAGAGAAAAACAUUUUAUUGCUCAAAAAUGCGUCGAAGUUGUGCUCCAUCUAUGAAACGUACAACGGAAAAUAGAACAGAACAACCGAGUAGGUCGCCUUUAGCAUCUUCAUCGUCUAUUAUUGUACCAACAGCUGAAGUUGAUUCUAAAUUGCUGGAUCUAUUCAAUAGUUCGGAAAAUCACGCCCAGGCGCUAAAGGCCUUGAACAAGACAAGGAAACCAGCCGGGCAACCUGGCGAAGUAGUUGAAGACAAACAGUGCACUAAAGUUCAAUUUAAUGUUGUUUGGGGAAAAAUAACGACUAAAAAGCAUAAAACAUGGGAAGGUGACGGUACACUGGAACUGAGUGGUAAGAGCGCGACGUUGAGAAAUGAGGAUGGUAAAAUUAUCGCUAGUUCUACUGGCAUCAAACCGGAGGAUUUUGAAGAAGGAUCACGUAUAAUUGUCGGUAGUAAAGAAAUAGAAAUUAUCGAACGGUUUUUAAAUGAAGACGAGAAAGUUCAAGAAUGUUAUUCAUCUCCGAAGAAACCAAAAUUUGUUCAAACACCGAACAUACAUUUUAAAGUGCCAGCAAUACGUGAUAACGUACCUGCUUCAUCUACUUACAAACAGCCAGGCUGCGAUAGUGCUUUCAAACAGGUAGCUGUGAGCGAGGAAGAAAUUCCAAAAGAUUUUACACCUCUGUUGAUGCCGGCACCCUCAUAUGAACAUCAGUGGAAACACAAUAAAUAUAAAGUUCCCAUAUCCGAGGUUUCAGUGCCGUAUUGUUUGGCUAAACAUUUACGACCUCAUCAAAGAGAAGGAGUGAAAUUUCUUUAUAAAUGCGUCAUAGGGUUCACCCUGGAAGAAUCGGAACGGUUUGGUGCGAUUUUGGCAGAUGAAAUGGGGUUGGGAAAAACGCUUCAAUGUAUAUGCCUUAUCUACACCUUGUUGAAGCAUGGUCCUUACGGCCAACCGAUGCUAAAGCGCGUUUUGAUCGUUACUCCCAGCAGUUUGGUGAGUAAUUGGGACUCUGAGAUAACCAAGUGGCUUAAAACGGAACGAAUAUUUACCUUCAUUGUUGGCCCCAAUAACCUAUUAAAAAAGUUCGCUCAAUCGCCGCACAUACCCAUCCUUAUCAUAUCAUAUGAGAUGUUGGCCAAACAGAUAGAAGAAUUGAAUUCGGUCAAAUUUGAUUUAGUUGUUUGCGACGAAGGACAUCGUUUGAAGAAUAGCAACAUAAGAACUUCUACAGUUUUAGAUGGAAUCAAUUGUUUUCGAAGAAUUUUAUUAACCGGAACCCCGAUCCAAAACGACCUACAGGAGUUCUAUUCUUUAAUCAAUUUCGUAAAUCCCGGAUUUUUGGGUUCAUACGCGGAGUUCAAAGCAAAAUACGAAAUUCCAAUUGUUCAAUCGCAUCAACCUAAUGCACUGCAACAGUUCCAAGAACUCGGAAAAUCGCGAUUAGGUGAACUAAACGCAAUCACUUCUAAAUUUGUGCUUCGCCGGACACAAGAGGUAAUCAACAAAUACCUCCCUGAAAAGCAGGAGCUAGUUGUGUUUGUCUUUCCCUCUGAACUGCAACGGAAACUUCUUCACACCGCUUUGCUAUACUACGAACAGUCUGGAUCAUCGGUUAUUUCACCACUUCAGUUAAUUACGAUCCUCAAAAAAAUUUGCAAUCAUCCGUCACUGAUUACCGCUCCGGAUAAAAACGAUCCUGAAUCCUUAGUUCAAUCUCUCAAUGAUCAAUUACCCGCAUGGCACGAAAUGGGACCAGUAGAUUCUGGUAAGCUCUGUGUCCUUGAGGCUCUGCUCGAGUCAUUGAUAACACGUCGGGAAAAAAUUGUUGUCGUUUCAUAUUACAGCAAAACACUGGACAUGAUUAUGGGGCUUUGUGAACAUUAUAAUUAUAAAUUUUGUCGAUUGGAUGGGUCAACUCCUACAAACGAUAGAAGCAAAAUUGUAGCUAGUUUCAAUAAUACGUCAUCGGACAUAUUCAUUUUCCUAUUAAGUGCCAAAGCCGGUGGAACAGGUCUGAAUUUAACUGGAGCUUCACGGUUGGUUUUGUUUGAUAACGACUGGAAUCCUGCCAGUGACCUGCAGGCCAUGGCACGUAUAUGGCGUGACGGACAAUCUCGGCCGGUUUACAUUUACCGGCUUAUAACUGCAUUUUCGAUCGAGGAAAAAAUCUACCAGAGACAGAUUUCCAAAUCAUCAUUGAGUGGCGCCGUAGUAGAUCAAAAGCAAAACCUUAAUAAUCUCAAGUUCUCGGACGAAGAACUGAAGGACUUGUUCUCCAUUAACAGCGAAUGCAAUGAUUGUCUUACGCAUCAGUUACUAGUUUGUGAUUGUAAUGGAGUAGGAGAGAUUCCUGAACCUAUUGCUUAUUCAAGUCAAGAAGAAAAUUCACAAAACACAGAACUAAGUCGAUUCCAAAUUAGAUCAGCCAAGCCACAGUCCUCCAAGCAACGACGUACAAUGAAAAUGCAAGAAUUGAUGCGCUGGGAACAUCAUCGAGUUCCUGUGCGGAACGACAUUCUCGAAGAACUUUCAUUGACGGCCUGUUCAGAGGAAAUUGUUUUUCUUUUUCGAAAUAAAGUUAAUCAAUUUCAAGAUAAAUGACAGAAGAAACGCUGAUCAAAAUCCAAUAGAAAUUCAUUUAUUUGUGUAC